AUGAAUCCAGUAAUGAACGACGAAGCAUUAGCUCAUUUAGAAUUUAUGACAAACUGUUUACCACCAUUGAAAUCAUUUAACGUAGAAUCAAUGAGAGAACGAAUGGAACUGACUGCUGAAAAAACGAAUAAAAAAUUAUCAAAUACAUUUAAUGGAACAGAAAAAGAAACAUUUAUUCCAAUACCAUCACGUGAAAUUGAAUAUCGUCUCUCACCCGAAUACAAAUAUCCAGUAUGGUUAGAUGAUUGUUUGGAAGUAACAAAAUAUAUUUUAAAAUAUAAAACAUGGUUUGAUUUUGAUGGUCAAUCAUCUAGUCACAAACAAUUUAUUGAUAGUCAAUACCUCAUAACACCAGAACUGAGAAAAUGGUUUCAUAAAAAUGCUUUUCGAGAUGAGAAUGACAUACGAGAUUCACGUGUUUCAUUAUUAUUACAAUCGUCAUUUAACAAUUUACCUCCAUGUUUAUUUAUUGUAGCUGAAUUAGAUGCAGUACGUGAUGAUAGUUACGAAUAUCAAAAACUAUUAGACAAAGCUGGUGUUAAAACUCAACUUGUUCUUAUCCAAGGUGUUUUACAUUCAUUUUUUAAUUUGCCAGGUAUUCCAUUUACUCUAUUUUACUCUGAAUCAAUACCGCAUAUUCUUUCUGGUAUUUCAAAGGAAUAUAUUCAAGAUCUUGUCAACAAGUUAUAGACGCAACUCAUCAAUUUAUGAACUCUGUUUAAAUAGCUCAAAUACAAAGUGUUCCAAAUUCUAGAACACCCUGUAAGUUUACCGAAAAAUGUUUCCUCUCUUUAAUGAAGAGAUACUAUUAUUUAGCCUGCUAUUGGUACAUUUACUUAGCCUGACCUGUCGAGUCCUUUCCCUUUGUUUCUUAUUAUCUGAGAAGAAAAUCAAGAGAAAUGAAAAACGACUGUGACCUAAUUCGAGGGGGGGGGGGGGGGGGGGGGGGCGCCGGGAAAAAUUUUGUUGUGGGGGUGGGGGGGGGGGGGGGGGGGGGGGGGGAGGGAAGAAGUAAAAGAGUGAGAAGAGAAGUAGAUAAAAGAGAAAAAAAGAAAAAGAUUGUAUGUGGUUGG